UAAUGAUUACAAAUUUAUACUCAGUAUGAGUCGUUGUUCUUCCACCAGAGUUUAAAGAGAUCCGACUCACGGAGGGCUGUGAGGGGAAUCUGGAAGUGUUCUACAAUGGAACCUGGGGUAAUGUGUGUCACAAUCAGAUGGAUGAGGAGACAGUAAACAUGGUGUGUCGAGAGCUGAACUGUGGAAGACGUGGCAGUCUGUCAAACACCGAAGCACGAGUAAAAUCUGCUCCUAACUGGCUGGAUUCUCUGAAGUGUAGGAAACACGACUCUAAUCUGUGGCAGUGUCCAUCUUCACCCUGGGGACAGAACAGAUGUGAUAAUGGUGAUGAGGUGGCUCGUAUUACCUGCACAGAUGAUGGAAAGUCUCUACGUACACAAGAAAAGUGCUCUUCAUUUCCCUCUCAGAAACACUGCUCAAAGCACUGGUCUCUCAGGCUGAGUGGAGGAGAGGGAAGCUGCUCUGGGAGGUUGGAGGUGUAUCAUAACGCUACGUGGGGCUCCGUUUGUGAUGAUCAGUGGAACAUCAGGAACGCUCAGGUGGUGUGCAGACAGCUGGGCUGUGGGUCGGCGCUGAGUGCUGAUAGGAAUGUUAGUUCUGGUCCUGGUGAAGGGACUAUCUGGCUGAACAGAGUGAAGUGUCGAGGGGAUGAGAUUCACCUGUGGGACUGUCAUCAUUCCCUGAAGAAACACACUGACUGCUCUCAUGCUGGAGUCACCUGUGCAGGUCAGAGGGGUGUGCUAACUUUUCAGCUUCCUGUCUCCACUCAUUACACUUUUCUCCCAGUGUUAAGACCUGAUAACUUUUAUUUAUAAUCUUAGAUAUUAGUUUGAAAGCUCAGACCCUAAACUGUAAUACACUGAUCAGCAGGUCAUAACCCUUAUUUAGUGAGAGUAUAUUUUAUUACAUGAUAGAAAGUGUUUUUAUAUUCUGUAAAUACAGACGUGUCCACUACUACACCCAUCACCACCACCACCACCACCAAAUCAGGUAUGUAUAUUUGUUACAAUACAAUAUUUGUUACUGUUCAUCAUUUUUGUAAAUAUUUAUGAUUACAGUGUCGUAUCAAGAUCCUCUUCUGUGUUUUUAACUUCAGUAAGAGCCACUCCAAAUCCUCCAGCACCUAAAGCUCCACCCACCCCUCCACUGGUUCUCUUUGUGUUGGGAACGCUGCUCUUCCUGGCCUUAGUGCUUCUGCUGGUCCUGUUUUACCAGAACAGAGUGCUCAGGAGAGGUACGAGACAUACCUGUAAAUACUAAUUACAUUUUAUCCUGCUGUUAAAAUUGUCCUGUAAGAAUUUCAUUAAAAGUUAU